AUGAUCAUCCAUGGAAAUGUUGUUGUUGUUGUUGGAAUAGUUGUGGGUAUCACAACGGGCUUGGCAGCCUAUCAAAUCACCACAGGAUUUAGGAGUAGAAAAAAUCAAUGCUACGUUGCAAAGCCUAUUGACUUGACCUUUACUGCUACAGAGAAUAUUCAAAGAAUUUGUCAUGCAGCAAGUAUAGGACAUGCUGAAGUUCAACCGGGAAAGAUUGUUGUUACAAAGCAUUAUAACGCUUUAGAUCGCGUUCAUCUUGGCCAAGAAGUUAAGCUGGUAGCUACCUUGUCGUAUAAUGAUAAUGAUUCGCCUUGCAAGCCAGCAGGGAUCACCUUGUGA